AGGUUCGCGGCUAUCCUUGAUUCGUUGCCCCGGGAUGCGCGGCAAACACUCGUAUACCAGCAACUGAUACCACUGCUAAACAAUGCGCCGAAGUCAAAGAUCAAGAAAGCUUUGAACGCCGCGGCCCGCCUACAGAAGCGUCAUGCGGGCAUGCCCGACCUUGAUUUGCGCGGCAAGAAGCUCGAGAUCACCAACAUGCUCAAAGAGCUGAACAAGGACACGAAGCGAGCCUAUGUCAUGGACACCUCAAAUCUGGUCGAGCUCCUGAACGAGAUCGCUGACAGCCUGGCUGUUUGGAUGAGCGAUGUAUGGGUGGUUGUAUACGAGCAUAAUGUGGACUUCGACUUGGCACAUGAUUGCCUGCUGUUCGUGUCAUCUACUCUAGAUCAGCUAGAGAAUGUUCGCAUGGGAUGUAAAUGCGCCUUGGACUCGCUAUACAUCCCUGUCACAAUCCGGAACAGGAAGGGACGCGUCGUGAAGAGAUUCGACGUCAAUGGGGCUACACACCUCGAAGACGUUACCCUCUUUAUUUGGCGAGACAUGUUCCUGAGCAUGCUGGCGUAUGGUAGCCAGCGGCAUAAGGAUUUGAUUCCCAGGAUGCUAGGAGACAUCGAGGACAUAAUGAGCUGGAAGGCUGUCGUCCGGCUUAUGUUCAACAAGUCACAAGUAGACGCUAAGCGUCAAACACAAUCAGGCAAGGAGAGCGAUUGGGAAGAUGUCGAUAGCGAAGACGGCGGCGAGUCUCUCAGUUUGGAAGAUCAGUCCGACUCAGGAGCCAUAUCUUCGCUCUUGUCCGAUGACGACGACAACGACGAGCUGGACCUCGAUGUACCCCGCCUGCGCCAUUGGUCAGAUAUCAUCUUUGGACACGUCCAUCUUCUGCAGCGCCACAUCGAGGAUGCUCUUGUCGCUAUUUUCGAGACGACGCCGUCGUUAACUUUGUAUAGCGCGCUUUUGUCAAUAGCACAAGACCCACAAACCCUCGAGGAGCGUCUACUUUUCUUGUUGAAGGCGAUGGCUACGGCUUGCUCCGAUACAUAUGCUGUUGCGCUCGAGAUAUACUCUCUCGAACACAAGGUCGAUCGGAUCGUCGACCUCCUCGGCUCGUACUCCUACCUAUUACGCCCACGAGACGCUGCGGCGCUGCAGGCCGCAACGAAGCUCAUAUCGCAUCAUAGUCAUGCCCGACGUGCGCUGCAAAUUCUCGAGGCCGAGCUCCUCGACACCAUCCGGAUGACACAUCGCGCUCUCCUGCAAUCGUUCUCACAACUCGACACUUCGGCGAAUCGCGCUGAGAUCUUGCAGAUCCACAAGAAUGGCUCGCGUGCGCCAGGUAGACGGAAUCGCGUCGAGGCGUGGGUCGAUGCGGUUACAACUCCCGGUGCAGACCAGCCUAAUCCGAUGAUGUUCGCGGCGAUGUUCAUGGGCAUAGCGCCGUUGCCUGGUCUCCAUUCGGAUGACGACCCGUAUACAUAUCUCGAUCUCGAUCCUCACGACCCUGAUCUUGAAGACCUGAGAUCUGAGUACAGGCCCAGCUUGAAGAAGCGCUUCGAGAGCUGGACUGACGUGGGACUUACGCUGAUGGGUGGUCCGGAGAUGCUCUUGGUUGUUUACAGGAAGCUCAUUGAGAAAAUGCCCUUCCUGCGUGCCCCGGACGUCACCGAAGAGAUGAUCGCCAGGCUGCAAGACCGACGAAGCAAAGCGUACGUUGUCGAGGGUCUCGAUGCCUUGCUUGCGUUCGCCAAGGUCCAGCGGCGCAAGUGGUAUGCCGCGAAGGCAGAGAAGUCUGGCAACGCCGCCUCCUCAUCGUCUUCAGCACAGCUCCCGACAUACGCCUCGCCGGCAGGGCCGUCUCGGCCGCCAAAUAUGCCUCCCUCUAGCACAACCUCAACGCCGGUUUCGCCACUACGGCCCGAUAGCCCGGGACCGCCCCCACUUGUCCCUGUUUCGUCACUGACCGAUAACAAGCCCCGGCCGCCACCACCGGUGCCGGCAUCCCCGCCUAGCCCGGGCCCGCCCCCGCUGAUUCCUGCGUCGUCGCUGGCGACGUCCCAGCCUACACCACCGCAAGCAUCUACGUCUCAACCGCUCGCACCAUUGGCACAGCCACCACAGCCAGGUGGAGUAGCUUGGACUAACACUAACACCGGAGUAGACAUUACACUGCCAAUCGUCGUUGAGCUUGACGCUAUUCUGGCUGCCACUCCUCCUCCUCCAGAGGACCAUACCCCGCUCACCCUCCUGAACUUGCUCAUCGGCGGAGGUCCACCGCCUGUUGGUGGUGGGGCACAGGCAGGGUCUAGCAGUAUAGAUGACGUCGAUUGA